ACGCUUUGCAGCCUCUGAGGGCUCAGAACUGAACCACACCAGUGAGCAGCUCUCUUCUGUCCCGGUCUCAGUGAAAAAGCGAAUAAUGUAAAGUAAUUAAAUCAGCUUAUAAUUUGCUCGCGUGACGUUUAUGAUUCUCUUCUUUGCUUUUGGUAGCGAUUUUGGGAUUCGCGCCGUGUCCGAGCGAUUCGCGCAGACCUUUCCUCAAGAGAUGCUGCCAUGUCCCGAGCGCUGUUCCCGCGUGUGAACGUGUGCUGGAUCGCAGCGCUGCUGCUUGCGCACCUGGACGUGGUGUCCGCCGCGCGCGCGCACACCUGCAGCGAGGUGAAAACGGCCUUCCAGCUGCGCCAGAUCGGCCCGCUCAAGUGGGUACCGGAAGCACCUUCUACAGAUGUGAACCUGUUGGUGUGUAAACAUGACGGGCCAUCCUGCUGUACUCGUAAGAUGGAGGAGAGCUACAAAAUGGCAGCGGUGAGGGAUACUCUGCAAAAUAUCAGGUCAUACAGCUUCGAACUCAAAUUCCUGCUCUCAAGCCAGGCUGCUGCCUUCCAGGAUAUGUACCAGUCCCUGUUCACUUUUUCCCAAGGUCACCUGAGCUCUCUUUUUGAGAGCUCCUACACCUCUCUGACUUCUAGAAUUGGUCCCCAUGUCACUUCCCUCUUCUCAAGUCUUUCUAACUUCAUCCAGGACACCUCCAACAUUUCUGUGGAUGCUACUGUCUACAGCUUCUAUGACAACCUCUUCCUGCUAGUCCACAAUCACAUUAUCAAGCCAGGUAUUGUUGAGGAUAGCAACCUUUCGGAAUGCCUUCGUGCCACUCGGCAGGAUGUGAAUCCGUUUGGCCAGCAUGCUCAAGCCAUGGUCGAGGAGCUGGCAGGUGCCAUGCAGGCAGCCAGGGCAUUAACAAGAGCAUUUUACAUGGGUGAGGAAUUGAUGAACGUCACAGAAAUGGCACCUCUAACCAACGAGUGUGCCCGAGCACUUCUGAAGAUGCAAUACUGCCCACAUUGCCAAGGCUUAACCCUCAUACGGCCUUGUCCUGAAUUCUGCCUCAAUGUUAUGCGUGGAUGCUUGGCGAACGUGGCGGAGAUAGAUAUGCCAUGGAGGCAGUACGUGGCUAUACUGGAGGAUCUUACACAAACCAUAGUUGGAGAGCAUAGCCUGGAACUUGCCCUUCUUGGGAUCAGAGAGCAUGUCAAUAAGGCCAUAUUGCACGCACAGCUACAUGAAGCCAGGAUCAGUGCUACUGUGGAUAAAGUAUGUGGCCAUUCUUUGGCUGGGAAUGAAAGUACUCACCACACCACUGUUAAGAUGAUACCAACAGUAACACUUGCCCCAGAACCUACAACCAACCAGACAGACUCUAAUAUCAAUAAACAGCUGGGAAAAGUAUUGGACCUACGCAGCUCGCUCCCUCUGAAACCCACCAAACACAAUAAAGAUAGAAGUCUAAAACAGAUCUCUCGGGAAUUAAUGAAGCAUAUUGUGCUCUACAAGGCAUUUUUUGCAGCAGUGCCAGAGAUGUUGUGUGAAGGAGAAGUUGUGCGUGAUGAACCCAACUGCUGGAGCGGAAACGAUGUAGUUGAGAGUUAUAAAGGUCGAGUGGUGGGCAAUGGAGUUCUUGCUCAGAGACAGAAUCCUGAAGUGAGGGUCAGAGGUCCAGAUGCUAUAUUAGCAGCAGUCAAGGAGAGACUUCAACACUUCAACCAGGAGAUUCAGCAGCACAUGCCAGGAAUGGGACACAGGGAUUCGUGGGACCUGGGCAGUGGUGAGGACAGCAGUGGGGAAUGUGACGAUGAGGAUGGUUGCCAAGGGUCAGGGGAAGGCACAACUAAAUCCUCUACAACAGACUCUAGUGUUGACACUGAGGUAGUGGUGAAAUCUCCUCCUCAUGAGGCUCCUGUUGGACGCUUUAAACCCAAACUCCGCAAUGCCGCUCAUCUUGUUCUCCCCUCCUUCACCACUCUCAUCCUCAUCCUGGGACAGCAAUGGACCUUGAACUAAAAGGUUGAAGAUGCACAUAAAUAUAAAUAAAAACACAAGAUCUCCUUCA